AUGCCCCUUGGCCCUCAGGCGUUCCUCUACUUACAUUUGCUUCCAGUCCAGAAAUUCGAUCAGUGGGCGAGCAAACAUGUUGAAUUUUGUCAACUACACCUCCUGAAAGAUGCUGUCAUUGGCGUCGAUGCCUCAUAUUACCUUGACCUGCGCCUGAACGGAAACAACGAGGAGCCCCUCAAACAUGCACUUGGUGGCUUACCCUUCUGCUACAAGAAAGCCAUAGAAGACGAUAUUUCUUUCCUGCGCCAAAAUGGUAUCAACCUGAUCUUCGUGUUCAAUGGCCUGGACUACGUGAACAAGAGUCUUCCGGACUCGCGAUCGACCGAGAGCAGAAGAGUUCAAGAUGAAGCGUGGCAUCACUAUUUGAGUGGGGACGGCAAGAGGACUGUUGUAGACUUCGGAAAGGCCAAAUACCCCAUUGACGUGAUGACCAGAUCUCUCCAGAAACUCCUGGCGGACAAUAAAGUGCAAUACAUGGUCGCUCCCUACAGUGCAACAGCACAGUUGUCCUACCUCCUCAAGCUAGAAGACCAGUACAUUGAUGCCAUUAUGGGAACCACAGAAUGUUUUCUAUUUGGCAUCGAUAGAGUCGUGACGGACUUCAAUCUCAACAAGUCAUCCCUGAGCCUGGUCAGCAAAUCUGUGUGCGAAGAUGUUCUCAAAGUCAACGGUGAGACGCUUCGAGAUGCUCAGCUCCUCCUCGGCACCUCUUUCACUCCUACUUUCCCAAUCCUUGAUAGUAUGGCCGCGACGAAAGCAACCGGCGUAAUCGAUGCAAUCUCUCUGCUUAAUGCUGCCGGGAAAUCUGUGAUACAGCUUUGCAAUUUUCACCGGGAUCAUCCACAGAUCCAGGCGCUGAGAUAUGCUGAUCGAUACAAAAAGGCGAUCAUGACGAUCAGACACCAUGUGGUCAUGGAGAAAAAUGGAGUAGUCGCUCCUCUGAACUUCGACGAUGCCCCAGGCGAUGUUCACGAAUUCGUCGGGCAAAGACUUCCUGAGGAGCUGUUCUUCUACAUCUCGAAAGGACUUCUGGGGCCGCAAAUCCCCAAUUGGCUGACAUCUGGCGAAAUCGUCCUUUCCCUCCCCGGCGGUGUCUUGGAUUCGGAACCUUACCGUAGAUUGGUGAUAGAAUUACUCAAUCCUUUCCGCACCGAGGCUCUCAAAAUUCUAGCAGAGUCUCUCAAUUACUACUAUCAGUCCAGAGUUAUCAAGGUGGAUCCAUGGGUUCCUCAGGACACCAGCAAUUUGACCAUCGAGAUCAGAAACACUCCCCCCAUGAGGAACAAAUUAUCUCCGUGGAAAGUUCGAGGAACCGAAAUUGAAUCGGUCCCAGGAAAUGCUGGGACGGUCUCUCUAUUUCUUCCGUGCUUGCGAGCUCUCAAGGAUUCCGCUUUUGCGGAGAAGACUAUCACCAAAGGCAGAGUGGAACAUCCAGCACUUCGAUCGGUCGACGAAGUUCUUGUCAACACGGUGUUCCGCUUUCUCCACGUUCGCGACUAUAUCGACGACAAGCACGAGGUGACCGCAUGGGGCAAGGCUCUAGAAACCGCAGUGGCAAUUGCGGACGAGGAGUACACGAUUGUUGGAGUGGAAAUGCUCAGACUCGGGCUGUUUACGGGCAAUUUUGCCACAGGAACACCCGUUGCGCGAACGGACUAUGAGCGCAAGGUGUACACAAAUCUCAUUUCCAAGACCGCUUGUCUGGGUAGAAUUCGGCACAAGCCCAUGGGAUUUGUCGGACCUCUUGAUCGGCAGUUAUUGACAUUUGCGUGGAAGAUCACGGCGGUCCGCACUUCGCUGAGGGAUCUUCUGGAAACUGUGAUGACAAGCAUGUUCCUAAACGGGGACGUGGAUCGAGAUCGUGAAGAUUGGAUUGGUCUGGCUCAGAGGCUACCAUUUGCCAGUGACAAUGGUUCUGGACUCGGAAUAGCUGUUAAGACCUAUCUGGACGCCGUCAACGAGGAGCCUGAAGUCACCGAUGCCUUGAAAACCAGUAUCAAGCAACAAGAAGGGAAAUACAAUUGGUUUGGACAGCUCAAAGGAGGCGGCAACUUGACCAAGAGUCUGGACCAGGCCUGGAAAAUCUGGGAUGCUGUCUAUGCUGCAAGUCAAGUACCUGGGACAGAAGUCAAGGAAACUAAGCUCUUCUCCGAUGCCAACGAGUGGCUUUCCACUCGACGAUGA